AAAAAACGCAGCGUAAAUAAAAAGAGGAGAGAGAGAGAGAGAGCAGCAAGCAGAGUGAUACCAAUGGAAGCCAAAGCAAAAUCAUCAGCAGCAGCAGAGAACGAGCAAGAUGAUCAAUGGAUUGCUCAAUCGCCGCCGAAGCUCCCAGACGAUGUCCUCUUCGACAUCCUCUCCAGACUCCCCGUUCAGCCCUUAAUCCAGUACAUUUGCGUCAGCAAAUCAUGGCGAACCAUGAUCUCCAACCCCCAAUUCAUCAAAAUCCACCUCCAUCGAUCCUCUAAUUCCCAAUCCUCCGAUUCCCAGAGACUAUUACUAUCAUCUCACGACUCCUUUCGUUCCAUCACCUGUCAAUUCCCCGAUCACGCACCCAAAACACUUCAAUCUCCAUUGAAGAAGACCAAACCCUUGUGUUUCUGUGAUGCGUUGAUUCUCUUGUCUGUUUCUCACAAACCCUUUCCCUUCGCCAGAAAUCCCGGCAAGUCCUUCGUUCUGUGGAACCCAUCGAUCAGAGCAUACAAGGAAAUUUGGCCCCCUUUUGAGUUCAAUGACUUCGGAAUUCGCGGAAUUUGUUAAGAUCCCAAUAUUGAUGAUUACAGGGUGAUUAUUCUCUGGCAAUACUUUCAAACCCUUGUUUUGAUUUAUGAUUCGAAAAGCAAUUCUUGGAAUACGAUUAGUGAACCUUGUUAUUCGAUUUUGGUUCGCCAAAGUGGGGUUCUUGUGAAUGGCGUUCUUCAUUGGGUUAUGGCUUCGAAAGAAUUGUGUUCUUGGGUCAUUGUUUACUUUGAUUUGGUGGAAGACAAAUUGAAGGAAGUUCCGCGGCUAAGUUUUGGAGAUGAAGUUGAUAAAAAGAUCGAUUUGGUAGGUUUUGGAGAUGGAGAUGAAAUGAUUGAUUUGGUGGUUUUGAGGGAAUGUCUUUGUGUGUAUCGUUGUGUGGAUCGAGAGAAGGUUGAGAUAUGGGAGAUGAAAGAGUAUGGGAAGAAAGAAUCAUGGACUAAAUUGAUUGUCAUUCCAUAUUUGAUAGAUUUGCAGUGCUUGAAGCCUUUGUUUUUUACAAAUAAUGGUGAAGUUCUUAUUGAGGUAGACAAUCGGAAAAUAUUGGUUUAUGAUCCUAAAGAUAGUACAUUUAGGAAUGUUAGAAGCUAUGGUGAUUUUAGUGGUUUCAGGGUGGUUACAUAUGUGGAGAGUCUAGUUUUUCUAAAUGGUGAUGCUGAUGGUGAUGUUCAGAGGCGACACCAAGCAUAUCUGGAAAGAAGAAACAUGAAGGGAAGUACCAUGUUGUAAGCGUAUUGAAGCUGAUUCCUGGAUCAAGCUUAUAAAAACUUCGAAACAUAAGUAAAAUUCCAUGGGUUUCUCUGCUUUGAAGGAAAAGUACAAUUUUUUGUUUGUUUUUGUUUUUGUUUUUGUGGGUGCUUUCAAAUUGCUUUAUAACUCUAGUGUAAUUCUAAUGUACUCUUUAUAAAUAAUGAAAUCUAUAUAUACAUGAUACAUUUGACUCUUCUGAUACUCCUCAGUGAUUCGAGGAUUGAACUCUUUUGUGCAUACACUUUGUGAUCAAACUAUGUGAAUAUCCUUGUUAUAUUUUUUGAUUGUAUAUUUCUUGAUAUUGUUCUUUCCAAAGUUUGCUUGUAUGAGAUUCUUGAAUGCUUUCUCAAGCCAUGACAAUUGUGGAUGCUAGCUUUUUGGAGUUUUAUUCAUUGCGUUGGCCAAAUCACAUUGGAUUAGACUCACCAAUGAUUGUGUUCCAGGUUUUUGACAUUUGUUCACUUAAAUACCUGCUUAGGAAGGACCUGUGGCCAAUUUGGUCCAGUACAAAAAUUUGAGGGUUCCAUAUGUUUUAUUAGUGAGUACACCAAAAUAUGACUGUUAAUAUAGAAUUCGAGGUUUAGAGGAAGUUAAGGAAAAUGAGAUGCCAUAUUUCAUUUGCAAUAGUAGUUUCUCAUGAUUUUCCUUUCCAUAGCUCUUCUGCUCCGUUUGGAUUGUGAGGUGACAUGAGAAAAGAAAAUGAUUGUGGUUUCUCACUUGGGUGAGAAAAUAAAAGAAAUUAUAGUCUCUCACUACACCAUUAUAUUUGGAUGAAUAAAAGAGAAGAAGAUGUGAUUUCUCACCUAUUCUUGUUUGGAUAGAAUAAAUAAGAAAAAAGAAAGGGGAAGUGUUUUAUUUUAUUUUAUCAAAAUAACCUUCCAUAUUAAUAAGUUAGGUUUUUUCAUAAGGAUAAUUUUGGUAUUUUAGAAAACUUUCAUUAAAUCCAAUUCUUUUCUGACCAAAUCUCAUCAUUUCUCACCUAUUUAACCAUCCAAACAAGUGAAGGGGUUUCUUAUUCUCACCAUUUUUUUUUCUUUUCUCAACGAACCCCUCCAUCCAAAUGGAAAAUGCACUGUUGGAGUGAAUCUCUUUCUGUACCCCAUGGCCCUAGUUUUCUACUCCUGUUUGGCCACAUCCCAUGUUACAUGGAAUGUGGAUCGUUUUGUUACGUGGAACGAGACAGGAAGUGAAUGCGGUAUACAACAUGCUCUAAAUUGUGGAAUAAUAACGCUGUGUUUGGUUGGGGAAUUUGGGAAGGGAUUUGGAAAGAGAAAGAGAAAAAGUAAGUGAAAUGAGAAUAAAAUAUACUUACAUUUCACUUAGUUUCACACAGUUUUUUCCUUUCUAUUUCCAAAUUCCUCCCAACCAAACACAACAUAGGGGUAGACUUGUACACUAUAUAGUAUCUCCAAUGGUGACGUAUAAAGGUUGGUAUUGCUAAAAUAUAGCAUGAAGUUCAAUUUUUUUUCUCUCUCUCCAAUGACUUGCUAAAAGGCUGACUAUAUUUGUAGUAAUGUUAUACCUUGUGCCAGGUUUGGCACUUAAUUACAACCUAGUUUUCUCAUAAUACGUACAUAAGAUGCAUUUGUAUUCUAAUUUGAAUU